AUGCGGUUUAUGGGCAUUGAGCAGGGUUCGCGUUCUGUACGCGAGUAUGAUGAGGAGUUCAGCCGUCUGUUAGUGCAUGCGGGCUUUGGUAUGGAGGCUGAGCAUCAGUUGACGAACAGAUUUCUGGAGGGACUUCGCAAGGAUAUUCGGACUCUAUGCAGGAGUAGUAUGCACACUUCGAGGGCGAGUCUGGUAGAGUUGGCCGCGUCGGUUGAGGCGGAUCUUGGUGGGCCAGUUGGUCCGGUGGCUGUGCCGUCAGCAGUUGCUUCUGCUACCCAGCCUCGGGGUCAGCAUCAGCAGCCGCGGCAGCAGCAGCAGCAGCGCAGAGGUGGUUCGAGUUUCAGUUCUGGUUCUGGCAGGGGCGGUUUGCCUGCGCAGGGUCAGAAGAGGAGUAGAGAGAGUUUUCUGGUGCUAGUCAGUUUCCUCGAGGUGCUUGUUACCGUUGUGGGAGUACACGGAGCAUCGUCGAGUUGUCCCAGGAGAGAGGCGGUCAGGAUGCCAGGCGGUUCAGCCAGUAGCGGCUCAGCCAGUGAGUCAGAUCGCAGCAGUGCAGCCGCGGGUCAGAUUGCAGCGCCGCGGGGUUACUCUUCAGUGGAGACUGGCGGGACAGUCAGACCGGGCAGAUCACAGGUUCUCAACGCAAUUGAAUGUGUAGGGACCUUGUUAGUGGGCGGUUUUGAGUCCCACGUUUUAUUCGACUCUGGAGCAUCGAAUUGCUUCAUUACACCGGAGCGUGCCGAGAAGAGUGGCAUCCGGAGUAGCGCGGGCGAGAGCGCGGGCAUGGUCAAGGUGGCGGGAGGUGGAUUCUUGUCUACUUUGGGCCGUGCUAGAGGAGUCGAGAUCGAGAUUGCGGGGCAGUCAAUGCCAGCAGACUUAGUCAUCAGUCCGGUGGAGCUGUAUGACGUUAUUCUCGGGAUGGACUGGUUGUCACACUACAGAGUUCAUCUGGAUUGCUACAGAGGUAGAGUGGUCUUCGAGCGAGAUGCAGGGAGGUUGGUUUAUCAGGGAGUGAGACCGACUUCCGGGAGUAUUGUGAUAUCUGCUAUUCAGGCCGAGCAGUUGUUAGAGCGGGGCUGUGAGGCGUAUCUGGCGACGAUUUCUAUGUCUGAGUCAGGAGCUGGAGUUGUUAUGGGAGAUAUUGAGGUUGUCCAGGAUUUUGAGGAUGUCUUUCAGUCACUGAAGGGAUUACCACCAUCUCGGUCUGAUCCUUUCACGAUUGAGUUAGAGCCGGGGACAGCACCGAUAUCGAAGACGCCUUACAGGAUGGCGCCAGCUGAGUUGGCAGAGCUGAAGAAGCAGAUAGAGGACCUUUUGUCUAAGGGGUUCAUUCGACCGAGUGUUUCACCGUGGGGAGCACCGGUGUUGUUUGUGAAGAAGAAGGAUGGCAGUUUCAGACUUUGUAUCGAUUACAGAGGUCUUAACCGAGUCACUGUGAAGAACAGGUACCCACUCCCGAGGAUUGAUGAGUUGUUGGAUCAGUUGAGGGGUGCUACUUGGUUCUCCAAGAUUGACUUGGCAUCGGGGUAUCAUCAGAUCCCGAUAGAUGAGGCAGAUGUCAGGAAGACUGCUUUCAGGACGCGUUAUGGGCAUUUUGAGUUUGUGGUUAUGCCUUUCGGUUUGACUAACGCGCCGGCAGCCUUCAUGAGAUUGAUGAACGACGUGUUCAGGGAGUAUUUGGACGUGUUUGUCAUCAUUUUCAUUGAUGAUAUUCUGGUAUACUCGAGGAGUCAGGAGGAGCAUGCGACUCACUUGAGGUUGGUUCUGGAGAAGCUUCGGGAGCAGAAGCUUUUUGCUAAGUUGAGCAAGUGCAGUUUCUGGCAGCGAGAGAUGGGAUUUCUUGGCCACAUUGUUUCUGCAGAGGGAGUUUCUGUGGAUCCGGCUAAGAUUGAGGCUAUCAGAGAUUGGCCUAGACCUAGUAGUGCCACCGAGAUCAGGAGUUUUCUGGGUUUGGCAGGAUACUACAGGAGGUUCGUCAAGGGGUUUGCUACCAUGGCGCAGCCGAUGACGAAGUUGACCGGGAAGGAUGUCCCUUUUGUUUGGUCAGCUGAGUGUGAGGAGAGCUUUAGUCAGCUCAAGGAGAUGUUGACUACUACACCAGUGUUGGCGUUACCCGAGCCAGGGAAGCCUUACAUGGUGUAUACAGAUGCUUCAGGCAUUGGUCUUGGUUGUGUGCUGAUGCAGGAGGGCAGAGUGAUAGCAUAUGCUUCGAGACAGUGGCAGGGCAGUGAGCGUAACCGUCCUACACAUGACUUAGAGUUGGGAGCAGUGAUCUUCGCGUUGAAGAUUUGGAGGUCUUACUUGCUAGGUGAGACAGUACAGGUCUUCACGGAUCACAAGAGUUUGCAGCAUAUCUUCACUCAGCCGAUGAUGAACGCGAGACAGACGCGCUGGGUUGAGUUCUUGGCGGACUAUCAGGUGAGCAUUAACUACCAUCCGGGCAAGGCUAACCUAGUGGCGGACGCGUUGAGUAGACGGAGGUAUGAUUCCGCAGUUGAGCGAGAUGUGGAGUCUCUAGUUGGCGAGAUCAGUACCUUGCGUUUGUGUGCCAUUUCGCAGGAGCCUUUGGGUUUAGAGGCAGUGGAUCAGGCGGAUCUACUUAGCAGGAUCAGAGUUGCUCAGCAGAGUGAUCAGAGUUUGCUGGAUGCGACGAGAGUGACUGGUUCUGAGUAUGAGGUCUCUGCGAAUGGGACUAUCUUGGUUCGUGGGCGAGUUUGUGUGCCUAAGGAUGUGGAGUUGAGACAUCAGAUUUUGGGAGAGGCUCACGCGAGCAAGUUUUCCAUUCAUCCGGGAGCGACCAAGAUGUACCAUGACCUCAAGAGGUACUAUCAUUGGGUCGGGAUGAAGAGGGAUGUAGCAGACUGGGUUGCGAAGUGCAACACUUGUGCCUUGGUGAAGGCAGAGCAUCAGGUUCCGGGUGGUCUUUUGCAGAGUUUACCCAUUCCAGAGUGGAAGUGGGACAGGAUUACGAUGGAUUUCGUGGUUGGACUACCUGUUUCGAGGACUUUCGAUGCUAUCUGGGUGAUUGUGGAUCGGUUGACUAAGUCUGCACAUUUCUUGGCCAUCAAGAAGACAGAUGGAGCUGCUGUCUUGGCUAGGAAGUUUGUGCGAGAGAUUGUGAGGCUGCAUGGAGUGCCAGCUAGUAUUGUGUCAGACCGUGAUCCCAGAUUCACUUCAGAGUUUUGGAGGGCGUUUCAGGCAGAGAUGGGCACUAAGGUGCAUCUGAGUACAGCUUAUCAUCCGCAGACAGAUGGUCAGUCAGAGAGGACUAUUCAGACUUUGGAGGAUUUGCUGAGGAUGUGUGUGUUGGAUUGGGGUGGCCAUUGGGCAGAUCACCUGAGCUUAGUUGAGUUUGCAUACAACAACAGCUUUCAGGCGAGUAUUGGCAUGGCUCCAUUUGAGGCUUUGUAUGGGAGGCCAUGUAGGACACCCCUAUGCUGGACCCAAGUGGGGGAGCGCAGCAUGUAUGGAGCUACUUAUGUUCAGGAGACGACAGAGAAGGUUCGUGUUGUGAGGCUGAACAUGAAGGAGGCUCAGGAUAGGCAGAAGAGUUAUGCAGAUAGACGCAGACGAGAGCUUGAGUUUCAGGUUGGAGAUAGAGUUUAUCUCAAGAUGGCUAUGUUGAGGGGUCCUAACAGAUCCAUAGCAGAGAACAAGCUGAGUCCGCGAUUUAUGGGUCCGUUUCCAGUAGUGGAGCGAGUUGGGCCAUUGGCUUACAGGCUGGAGUUGCCUGAGAUUAUGAAAGCCUUUCACAAGGUUUUUCAUGUGUCGAUGCUGAGGAAGUGUCUUCACCCUACAGAGGAGUUAGUGGCUAGGAUUCCAGAGGAUCUUCAGCCAGAUUUGACAGUGCCGGCAGUGCCUGUGAGGAUUUUAGAGAGGAGGGAAAAGGUUCUGAGGAACAAGAGGAUUCCCUUACUGAGGAUUUUGUGGGAUUGCAGUGGUUCUACAGAGGAGACUUGGGAGCCAGAGGCAAAGAUGAAGUUGAAGUUCAGGAAGUGGUUCGACAAGCAGGUCGAGGAGUGA